AUGGAUAUUGGACACUUUACAAAGACAAUGCCUGAAUUAUAUCAAAGACUGAUUUCUAAGUGCACUGAUCCUUCUGAAAUGAUGGAUAAGGAACCAGAGCCAGCUCCAGGAGAAAAUGGCAGGAAGAGGAGAAGGGUUGUGACUCCUGAAGAAAGCUUAGGAACAGGUGAUCAGGUUGAAGAAACAGAACAUGCUGAUGAAUAUGAUGAGGCAGAAGUAGUAGAUGAAGGACAGGUGUACAUUGAUAAAGAUUGGACUGAAGAUUGUCAGAAAGAAGAAGAUGAGUUUGAAGAUGAACAUUUGUUGGUAACUUUUCUGCCAGAUGAAGGACAGUUUGUUUUACAGGAGAUAGAUGAAGAACAGAUGAUGAAAGAUGUAGAUAAGAUUGUCUCAUCUAAAGCUUUGGUAGAACAGAGUGUUGUAAAGAAAGAAGUAGAUCAGAUUGUGGUAAAUAAACCUGAUGAAGACCAGUUUGUGGAAAGUGGGAAAGAUGAACAACAGUCUCUUGAGCAGAGGGUUGGAGAAACAUCUAUUGUACAGAAGAAAGAUAAAGGACAGUUUGGGGAUGACGAACAAGAACAGAAUGUGAUACGAGAGGAAUCAGAAAAUGUGAUUCUGGUAAAGCAUGAAGUAGAAGAAGCAAAUGUGGUGAAGGAAAAUGCAGAACAGUGUGUUGUGCACAGGACAGAAGAUUGGGUUGUAGUAUUGCAGGAAGAUGAACAGGCAACAAGAGAAGGGGAAGAUGAAGCAUAUUUUGUUUCACAGGGGACAGAUAAAGAACAGUUGUUGGUAAAUGGUGAAGAACAGAUUGUACUAGAUGAAGAACAGAUUGUUGUAAGAGGAAGAGUAGAACAAACUGUGUUAGAAGAAGAGCUUGAACAAGAACACAUUGUAGUUAAGGAAAAGGUUGUGGUUCAGGAUGCCGUAGAUGAUUGUAUUGUCAUUGAACAGGAAGGAGAACCCAGUGUGGUAAGGGAAGAGGUACAACAGAAUGUUGUAGUAUUGAUAGAUGAGUGAUAGGCUGGACCAAAUCAGUGGUGACCAAUGAUUUAUAAUGAUAUACCAAUAUACCUCAAGACUAUGUGCCAACUGUAGCACAGAACUGUCAGUAAAUAAGACUGAUUUAAUUGA